AUGAAACAAUUUUAUUUUCUAUCCUUUGUUAUUUUUAUCUAUCUCCUUGUAUUACAACCGUCCAUAGUUGAAUGUCGUCAUCGCAGUCAAAGAAUUGUUAUUCAUGGCCAUGAAUGGACAGUGCCUAAUGAGCCCGGUUGGGAUAAUGUUCUUCGUGAAGCUGAAGCAGUUCGUCGUCGAUUACUAAGUAACUGUGCUUCAAGUCGAGAAUGUCGACUUGCAGCUGAAAAAUUACGUGAAGUUUUUCUAAAACAUCCAAUUUCAGCAAAAUAUUAUGAUGAUUCUAUCGGCAGUGAUUUCCCUCGAAUGGAAGGUACUUCAAUAUUUAAAUGGGGAUAA